AUGAAAUCACUAUCCUGGGAAGAAAGGAGCAUACGUGUUGAUGGAAGAUUUCUUUCGAACCUUCGUUUCGCGGACGAUAUCGUUCUCUUUUCGAGCAGUACCAAUGAAGCAGAAACGAUGUUCAACGAAUUGAACGAAGCAGGGAAGAGAACAGGACUACGAAUAAACAGAAAGAGGACACAGUUCAUGAAGAACGGCCACUGCGAGGACGGAGGAGUACAACUUGAAGGCUCCCAAAUCGUGGAAACUCCGUCAUACGUAUACCUCGGACGUUCUAUGAACAUGGAAAACGACUUGAAGGAAGAACUGAAUAGAAGAAUGAGAGCAGCAUAG